GUCUUGUGCGGAAGACACACUCAUACUCCCUACACACACAUUCUGCCACUAGACUGGCUCACAACCAGUCAGGGAGGUGCCAAGUCGGAGUCGCUAGUUCUGCGGUCCAAGAUCACCAGAAGAGCACAUGUGUACAACACUGGAACAAGCAAGGAUGACUUCGUUUUGACAGGAUCGGAGGAGGGAAGUAGAGUUGUCGGUGGUUUGGGAAUACGCCAGAAGGCGGGACCCGUCAGAAAGACAACUAGAUACACACCAAACUGACGAACAGAUCGCAGAAUCCUUCUUUUUUUUGGUUACAACUGGACGUCAAACGGCAUGGAAGUCGUUGUGAGAAGAAAGACGACAACAGUACAGGCAGGAAGGACGUCUUAGUGACAGGACUAGAAACGGGAAGAGUUGUCGUUUGUUCAGAAACACGCCCGAGAAGGUGGGACCCGUCAGACAGACAACUAGGUUCACAAAACCGACGAACUGAUCGCCAAAUCCUUCUUUUUUUCCUCGUUACAACUGAAUGUUGUGAGUCAUGGAAGUCGCUGGCAGAAGAAAGAGACGGAAUCUUCACCUCGGAUUGAGGCUUGCCGUGUGGUUGGGGUUCAACCUGCUCGUGUUUGGAGUCAGUGUCCUAUUUACCGACUCCAUGCCGGACAGUCAACAGCUUCAAUCAGAUGAGCUGAGCCGGUACUCCCGUGACGUCACCAGCUCACAGAAAACACAAAACUGCACCAGGAAGGUGUCCAGGAACGCUAUUAACCAGUACCCAAAGGACUUGUUUACAGAAGAACAGCGCGCUAAGGGUGCGGUCAUACUGCAUGUGUUUUUUGGGCUGUACCUGUUCCUUGCCACCGCCAUCGUCUGCGAGGAUUACUUCAUGCCUGCGAUAUACGUCUGCACAGAAAGAUUUCAGCUGGACCCGGGAAUUGUCGGCGCGGUGAUCGUCGGAAGCUUCUGCAGCUCGCCUGAACUCGCUACAACUACCAUCGGCGUGUUCAUCAGUGAAAACGACGUGGGUGUUGGAGCAAUGGUGGGAACCGCCGUGACGAACUACGUACUGAUCAUCGGGCUCUGCUGUCUGAUGAAACCCGCGGGCAAAGAUGUGAUGGUCCAGCCGUGGACGGUGACGAGAGACACGGUGUGGGGCGGCAUAGCCAUGGUGGUCUUCAUCAUUGUCGUCAUGGACGGCAAGGCAGACUGGGACGAGUCCAUCAUCAUGGUAAUAGUGUACCUGCUGUACGUGUUCAGCCUGUUCUUUAACGCCACCCUGGCGCGGUGCUUCCGGAAGCUUGUCCCGGACCCCAAACCCGACGACCCCCCCUGCUGCUGCCUGUUCGACCCCUGCUGUAGGAAAAAGGACGAGGAGAAGUCGGACAUGACCAAGAGCCUGGUCACAAGCGACGCCUUCCUGGACGCUAAAGAUGAAGGUUACGAGGACGAGGACAGUAAGGAUGAGGAGGAGGAAGAGGAACCAGAGUCGUUCUUAAACCCGCCUAAGAAGUGGGACCGGCGCGCGUGGUGGGUGGUCUGCCUGCCCAUCUACCUGCACCUGUACCUGACGGUGCCUGACUGCCGCCGGGAGCGCUGGCGGGGAUGGUGGGCCCCGGCGCUGUUCAUGUGCAUGGUCUGGAUCACUACGUACUGCUACCUCAUCAUCUGGAUGGCCACAAUUACAGGUCACACGUUCGGCAUGUCGGACGAUCUGAUGGGGCUGACGACGUUAGGCAUCGGGACCAGCCUGCCGGACAUCGUCAGCGCGAUAGUGUCAACUAAGGACGGCGAGGGAGACAUGGCGGUCUCCACGGCGAUAGGAGCCUUGGUGUUCUGCAUGAUGUUCUGUAUCGGGUUUCCCUGGUUCAUCCGUAGCGCCACGACGCAGUUCCAGCCCGUCACCGUCCACACCGCCGGCCUGUCCGAGUCCUCCAUCGCCACCACAGUCUUCGUCGUGAUCGUCUUCACCAUGCUCUGCUGCAGCCGCUUCCACCUGCGCCGGGCGAUAGGGGUUAUCUGCGGGUUUCUGUUCCUAGUUUUCCUGAUUUUCGCCGUGUAUGUGGACAAGUUUGUGCUGUCCAAGCAGGUCUGUGUGAAGACGUGAUGGUUCACGCACUUCUCUUUUUUUCUUGUAACAGCCUCCAGUUUAAUUCCGGAAUUCCAGGGUUUCUCUUCUUAGUUUUCCUGGUUUUUGCCGUGUAUGUGGACAAGUUUGUGCUGACCAAGCAGGUGUGUGUGAAGACGUGAUGGUUCAUGUGCUUCUCGUGUAUUUUUUUUGGUAACAGCCUCCAGUUUACAUCCGUAAAUAAUUUCAUCAGGUUGGUAAA